AGUCACUUUUACAGUGUGACAGUUUACGUUAAAAAAAUUUUCUCUUAAUAAUGAAGAUAUUUUUAAUAAUUGCUGGCAUCAUUGCCCUUUCUUGUGCUCAUUCUAUUCCUUUAAAACAAGGAAAGUCAAGAAUCAUUAAUGGUGUUAACGCUGAAUUAGGAGAAAUUCCAUAUCAAGUUUCACUUCAAGAAAAAUAUGAUGAUUUUCAUUUUUGUGGAGGAAGUAUAUUAAAUUCAAAAUAUGUUUUAACUGCGGCCCACUGUGUUGUCAGUAAACCUGUGAGCUUGGUACAAGUAGUUGCAGCAACAGUGAAUCUUAUGGAACCACUAGCAACAUACAAUGCUAAAGAGAUAAUUGUACAUUCUGAAUAUGAUGUCUUAGACUCAUGGAGAAACGACAUUGCUCUUGUUGCAAUCGAAGGAGAAUUUAUUACCACAGCAUUGUUGAAUUAUGUUCAAUUGGCAAAUGCAAACCAAAAAAUUCCAGCUGAAUCACCAGCUAUCGUUUCAGGAUGGGGACGAACUUCAGUAGGUGGAUCAAGUCCAAUGCAUCUUCAAAAAGCUCAAAUUUAUAUUGUUGAACAAGAAGUAUGCAAAAAAAUUUACGACGGUGUUAAAGAGAGCAUACAUGAAACUCAUAUUUGUGCACGUCAUCCAAAUAAACAAUCUGGUGCAUGCAAUGGUGACUCUGGUGGACCAUUGACUGUUGAUGGUCAACAAGUUGGAAUUGUAUCUUGGUCUUACAGCUGUGCUCUACAGACUCAUCCUACUGUGUACACGAGAGUUAGUCAGUAUCGCGAUUGGAUCAGAGCAAACACCGAAUAAUUAUUUAUACUUUGAUGAAUUUUUAUUAUUGAAUUAUUAUGUUUUGAUAAAUAAACAAAUUUUUAAUAA